AUGGAGGGGCCAAAGGGGAAACAGGAGAAAGAAAAGGCUGGGAAAACAGUUCGGUUUAGAGUAGCAUCUGCCAACAGCGGCCGGGUCCUGACGGAGGUGUUCAAGGAUGAAACGGCCUGGUGCGGCUCAGUGUCGGACUCAGUGGACUCUGACUGCACCAGCAGCCCGGAGGCAGAGCAGGGCAGCCCGCCGCCCAGCAGCGAGGCGAACAGCCACCUGAACGGUCUGGUGGUGGAGACUCCAGUGGACGAGAACGGCUGUGAACAUGACGACCUGCUUUUGUACGCCAGUGCCAAGAGAGAGAUGCUCUUUAGCAACAAACGGAUCAAUAUCUGCAGCAAGAAUGGGACCAUACGAGGAGUGAGGAACAAAGUGAGCGCAGGCCAAGAGCUUUUCAACAACCUCUCCAACAUGUACUCUGGUUCCCUUCGUCAUCAGAAAAGGAGACCCUGGGAGAAGCAGUAAACAGCCUGGAAGUAGUAGUUUAACACAGUGUGGUCAACAGGAAGAAAAAGCACUCUGGCUGAGCUGUCAAGACUUAAAGGAGUUAAAAUAACACCCCUUACUUUCUUCUGUAAUGACGUCUAUUACUUUUAAAGGACUACAGCUUUGCAGCCCAGGCUGUUCAAGUUCUUUGAUUUAAAUAAAUCUCCUGGAUGAGGAUGUAAAAAAAGAUGUAAUAAAUAACUUACUGUAA